AUGGGCCGACAGCGACUAUUACAGUGGUACCACAACUACGCUCUGGCCCUGGGAGUUACCUCGCACUGGCUGGUGGCCGGAAGGGUCCAGCAAACGUGGCUGACACGCUCCUAUACGCUGAUUCUGAACACUCUCGAGUUGACAAUGCUGCCCGUACUGUUCUGGCUAUCGGCAGAGUAUAUUGAAAAGACGAAUUGGUUUCCGAAUCUUGUUCCAUAUACAUGUUAUAUACUGUACUCGGUAUCGUAUGCCACCAUAGCCUAUACGGUAAUCUCUCGGGGUAGGCGAGACUGUGCUUUAUUGGAACUAGAGCGUAUUGUUAACAAUAUAAUGAGUCAGCAACUUCACCAUAUUGGACGCACUCUGAACUAUAUCUACUACCUAAAGUUCACAACAAUGAUCUUUGUGUGUGUAAACAGUGUGGCAUUGUGCCUCGUGAUGCCCACCGAUGGAAAUUUGAGUGUUUAUUUGAUCACUUUUCUAUUUCAAAAUGCCAUGAAUAUUCCAGUUGUUGCAACCUAUAGAUACUUUCUGGCCUUGUGGUAUAUUGCCUGUUCCUAUCAGUCUAUCAACUGUCGUUUGGAGGAUCUAAUGAAGUCCUUUAAAUCGAGAUUGCCCACACGCUUGGAUCUCGAUGAACUUAAUCGUUUGUGGUCGCAGCAUUUAGUGCUAGGACGUUGCACUUUAAGAAUAAAUAAGGUUUACGAAUGGCUUUUACUGGCGGCCCGAUUCGAUUAUGUGACUUUCGGCGUGAUCAACAUAUAUUGGGGAAUGCUCUUUAUGUUCGCGAUUAAAUCACCCAUUUACAUGAUCAUGCUCGGCGCUUUUAACUAUUGGAUACGUUUAAUUGACUUUUUUCUAUUGGAUGUUAUGUGCGAUCUGACAAUUCAGUAUCAAAAUUGUCCACAUCAUUCCGUAACCGAGGGACGCUGGUUUAAAGAGAUAAAUGCCUUUUUAAUGUAUGUGAACACUUCGAAGUUUAAUAUUUCGGUUUGUGGUCUCUAUAUAGCGAAUCGUAGUCGCUGGUUCCAAAUGUUUGGCUCUAUUGUGAGUUUCUCAAUAUUGUUAAUACAAUUUCAUUUGAUUUUGAGAAAAAACUUUUCAUCGGUGGCCAAGCCAUUGACAAAGACCCACUGUGGACCGGGUGUGGUCAUCAAUGCAGCUUGGAGUCAAGCACAAGAGCCUUGUGAAUGGCCUGACUUGCAUUUUGUGUCGCUGUCACCGCAACCUGCUCCCUUGCCACGUAAAUUCCCAGAUAACAAUAAGGGAGCAGCGUCCUGA